GGCAGGUCUGGGCAGGAGAAUUCGAUGUAGGGCGGGGCCGGGGGCGGGCAAGAGGAGGCCGGCCCCCUAGUAGGAAAUAAGCCGGGGUUGGAAUAACACUUUAAAGGCCUGGCGUCCUCUUCUUCCUCCCAUUCCCUGGUCACCUUCCAGCUCCUCCGUUCAGCUUUCUCCCCUCCCAGGCGGUCCUCCCUCCCCUGGGCUGCAGUCAGUGGGAGCCCCCAGCCUGCCAAAGCCAGGAGUACAGGUGGGAUCAAGGUCCCAGGAUGUUGAGAACAUUGCUGCCACUGCUGCUUCUACUGAUUCUGCCCGGCAGGGCCCUUUGUAUCCCGGAAACUUCCGAUGGUACUCAGAACCUCCACAUGCUCCAGAUCUCCUACUUCCCAGACCCUGAUCAAGUGUUGUACCAAGGCAACGCGUCGCUGGGGGGGCAGCUGACGCACUUGCUGGAAGGCCAGGACUCCAACAUCACGAUUCUUCAGCUGCACCCCUUGCAGGAGCCCCAGAGCUGGGCGCACACAGAGGGAAACGUGCGGCUCUACCUGAGCAACUUCCAAAACAUAGUGCGGCUAGUACACCUGGAGCGGGGCGUGACCUUUCCUCUGACCAUUCGCUGCUUCCUGGGCUGUGAGCUGCCUUCUGAGGGCUCUAGGGCCCAUACCUUCUUUGAAGUGGCUGUGAAUGGGAGCUCUUUUGUGAGUUUCCAGCCAGAGGCUGCCUCAUGGGUGGCAGGGUCCCAGGUCAGCUCUUCAGUGGUCACCUACACCCUGCGUCAGCUCAACGCCUACAAUCGUACUCGGUAUGAUCUGCAGGAUUUCCUGCAGAACACCUGUGUGCAGUAUGUGAAAGAACACCUCACCACGAAAACCCUGAAAGGGAGCCAAACAAGCCGCUCCUACACUUCGCUGGUCCUGGGCAUCCUGCUGGGCACUUUCAUCAUCGGUGGCGUGGCUGGAGGCAUCUUCCUGUGCACAGGUGGACGGCUGUGUUAAUUACUCUCCAGUCCCCUCUGGAGAAGGGCUGGACUGAUGGGGGCUGACAAAGAAAAACCUCAGCUCACUGAAAAAGCAAACAUAUUCCCCAUUUGGGACAUGAUAUCCCAUGUUUGGAGUACCGGCUUUCUUCUUCCAGAUCUGCCCACCAAGAGUUGGGGUGAGGGAAGGAGAGAAGGCUAGGUAGACGGAGUACUUGGUUGACUAGAAAACUAAGAACUUGCAUGCUUCGUUGCAUUGGUUUGAGAAGUGAAUGCUUGUCUAUCUUUGUGAAAAACAGAUGAUGGAGUUGUGGUAGUGAUCGUGGGGUCCAUCCUCCAAAGACAGACAGAAUCACAUAACCAAGUAAAACAAGUCAUCACAAAACCAAAAUAAAUAACAUUCAAUGCCUGCAGAUGUGUCAGCCAUAGGAAGAGACAAUGCUAUGAAGGAGGUAGAAAGUAAUAACUAGAGAAAUGGUAGGAGUGUAAAACCAAGUAAUAUGGGAACAAGGAGUUAUUAAAUAAUCAGUCAAUAAGAGUAAUAAAUUCCUUAUUUAUGUACAAGGCAUUAUUAUUUCCUCUACUUUGAAAAUUUUCUAGAAAACUACCCUAUACCCUUUGCUUCUAUGUCCUUAUCUCCUACUAGAGGCCCAAUACAUGAAGUUCAUGCAAGAGUAGGCCUUUGCAGCCCCGGCUGCCUCAGCCCUCGCAGCCCUGGCUUUGUCCGGAAGGUAGUCCAGACAGUCGUCCGGACGGUCAUUCCACUGUUCGGCCGUUUGGUCGAUUUGCAUAUUACACGUUUAUUAUUAUAGAUGCACUCUUCAACCAUUGCAGUCUGACAUCUCAAUAAACUGCUCCAAACUCA